AUGGCAUGGAAUGAAUUCUGUUUGAUCAUCAUCUUUGGCCUUGCUUACAUAAUGCUACUUGGUGCUAGAAACCAUCUAUCUUCCAAGUUGUCAUUGUCUCCUUUCCUCUGGAAUAUUGGAGGGAAAGGAUUUGAUUUUCAUCCGUAUUGUUCAAAUUUGGAGCUAUCCUAUAUUGCAUUUGUAGAUGAUUUGUUUCUAAUAUCAGCAGUUAUUGAGCAUUCUUUUUGUUUGGUCAGAGACACGAUUGCUGAAUUUGGAAGUUUAUCUGGUUUGAAGCCUAAUCUUCAUAAGAGUAGUGUGUAUGUAGCUGGUGAGAGUGAUGAAGUGCGACAGCAACUGUGCAACACAUUAGAGAUGCCAAAGGGUGAACUACUAGUUAAAUACUUAGGUUUGUCUCCUAUUUCAACAAAACUCAGCUACAAGGACUACCAACCUGUUUCUAUGAAGAUGCAGCAGAGGGUACAAAGUUGGGCAGCAAAAAAGCUUACCUAUGGAGGUCGGUUGCAGCUUAUCUUAUCUAUCCUUAGUGGUAUCUACCUCUGUUGGACUGGUGUUUUUAUACUACCCAAAGCAGUACUUAAAAGGAUUGACAACAUGUUAUCCUCAUUUCUAUGGUCUGGUGAAAUUAAAUCACGUUAUGUAGCAAAAGUAAAGUGGGAAGAUGUCUAUAAACCAAAGAAGAAUGGUGGACUAGGACUGCAGAACAUAGCCAACUGGAAUAAGUGUCUGAUCCUUAAGUUCAUUUGGAAUCUAUGUCAGAAAAAUGAUACUUUAUGGGUUAAAUGGAUACACUUUGUGAUACUGAAAGGACAUAGUCUUAAGGAAGUAAAAAUUCCUGUUGAUUGUUCAUGGUGUUGGAGAAAGUUGUUACAACGUAGGCAUCUUGCUCAGCCAUGGAUUAAAAUUGACAUUGGUAAUGGCAGACAGAAAAGUGAAGUGGCAUUCAGGAAAAGUUUUUGUUCCCAACUAUGCGAGAGGAAUAGAAGGAUUUUACAACAUGUUGCUACAAGUACUGGACAACUUCUUACAGCUAUCACUAAAGUUGUCCAAAUUGUGGUUGUUUCAUGGCCUAAAGCUCCUCGGAUUCAAGAGAAUUAG